CAGCUGUUUAGGGGCCGCAGUCUCCGCACCGCUCCUGCUGGGGGCUGCCCACGCCAACCACCUGCCUCAGUCACCUCCUCUUCCAACGCCCAGCUUCCCUUGGCCAGAACAUCCCCUAAAAUGGCAGAGGAGGGCAGCAGUACCAAGGACUCUGAGUCCUUCAGCGUGCUCAACUGGGAUCAGGUUAGCCGGCUGCAUGAGGUCCUGACUGAGGUCGUACCCAUCCAUGGGCGAGGCAACUUUCCAACCUUGGAGAUAACUCUGAAGGACAUUGUCCAGACUGUCCGAGGCCGGCUGGAGGAGGCAGGCAUCAAAGUGCAAGACGUCCGGCUGAACGGCUCUGCAGCUGGCCAUGUUUUGGUGAAAGACAACGGCUUGGGUUGCAAAGAUCUGGAUCUGAUCUUUCACGUGGCUCUUCCCACAGAGGCAGAAUUUCAGCUGGUGAGAGAUGUGGUUCUAUGCUCCCUUCUGAACUUUCUGCCAGAGGGCGUGAAUAAGCUCAAAAUCAGUCCCGUCACCCUGAAGGAGGCGUAUGUGCAGAAGCUGGUGAAGGUCUGCACAGACACAGACCGCUGGAGCCUGAUUUCCCUCUCCAACAAGAACGGGAGGAACGUGGAGCUCAAGUUUGUUGACUCCAUCCGGCGUCAGUUUGAGUUCAGCGUGGACUCUUUCCAGAUCAUCCUAGAUUCUUUGCUCUUUUUCUAUGACUGCUCCAGUAAUCCCAUCUCCGAGCCUUUCCACCCCACAGUGAUCGGGGAGAGCAUGUACGGGGAUUUUGAGGAAGCCUUUGACCAUCUUCAGAACAGGCUGAUCGCCACCAAGAACCCUGAAGAAAUCCGAGGCGGGGGUCUUCUCAAGUAUAGCAACCUCCUCGUGCGGGACUUCAGGCCUGCGGACCAGGAGGAGAUCAAGACCCUGGAGCGUUACAUGUGUUCCAGGUUUUUCAUCGACUUCCCCGACAUCCUGGAACAGCAGAGGAAGCUGGAGACCUACCUUCAGAACCACUUCGCGGACGAGGAGAGGAGCAAGUACGACUACCUCAUGAUUCUUCGCAGGGUCGUGAACGAGAGCACCGUGUGCCUCAUGGGGCACGAACGCAGGCAGACCCUGAACCUCAUCUCUCUCCUGGCCUUGCGUGUGCUGGCGGAGCAAAACAUCAUCCCCAGUGCCACCAACGUCACCUGUUACUACCAGCCAGCUCCUUACGUCAGCGAUGGCAACUUCAACAACUAUUACAUUGCUCACCCUCCAAUUACCUACAGCCAGCCUUAUCCUACAUGGCUGCCCUGUAACUAACCUGAAGACCUGAGGGUUUCCACAGUGGGAACUCGGUUAGGGCAGGGACUCUCAGGUAGGAGAACCUCUUUCUAGAUGUAGGUGUUUGGCUUUCGAAGGGGAACUCAGCUCCGACUCUGUUUUUCUUUUUGUACCCAUUGGAAUAGGACCACAGACUAUCGCGAGCCAACCCUAAAAGGACCCAUAGUUGAGUGCCACUCAGGGAGAUGCAACAGGAGGCGUGACUUCUCACCAUCUUUCUAAGAUAGUCACUAACACGUCACUCCCCAGACAUUAGCACAUGGGAUCUGAGCUCGGUACAGUCUCUGAGAUUGGGGGAGUCAGACAGCGUAUGAGGAGCGAUCCAGGCGCUCUCCUCCACUGAGUCCUCGGUAGAUUCUGCAGGCUCUCUCAUUCAGGAUUCUCAGCAGUCAUGUGAGAGAUGCACUGAUAGUCUCUCACUGGGUCAAUUUUAGCUCCCCAAACUGAUAAACCGUGAGGGUGCUCUUUGUGACUGAAUUUUCACUCACGGGACUAAGUUGUGUCUGUCUAGUCCCCAUCGGCAAGAGCUGAGAAUUUCAUUCAUCAAUAAACCAAAGCCAAUAGCUGGAGACUUGAGAUCUGGUUGGAAGUGGUUUAUGGUAUAUGCUGUGCUUUAUCAAGGAAUUAUGAGAUAUUGUGGAGAAAAAAAAAUGACCUUUUUCUUGAAAUGUAACUUGAAAACAAAAUAAAAUGUGGAACA